AUGUCGCGUAAUGUCGAAGUCGUAAUCUCUUGCCUCUGCGGUGCUGCAAAGCAGACGGUAGUAUUGCACACCAAUGAGUCGACAUCCGGCCCUUUGGGUGUUGACCUAUGCCACUGCUACGACUGCCGCCAUAGUUCCGGUCUACUGUGCGUAUCAUAUGCGCCUAUCCAGGUGCCGCCAUCCCUAAACGGCCUCGUCGCAUAUCCGGACGAGUCUGCGCAGCCCUCUGCCACUACUCCCCGGCGAUAUUUCUGUAAUACCUGUGGCUGCCAUGUAUUCCGGAACUCUGCCGUUAGCGGCGAGAAAAGCGAUCAGUCUUGGAAGGUAACUACCGGUACCAUCAUCGAACGAGUUGGCGCCGACGACGAAUUAGCAGAAGUAGACGAUGAGAAAGAAGAUCCGCUCCUGAGAUAUACCAGACAUAUCAAUACCGACAGCACUAAAGACGGCGGUCUAUCCCCUUUCAUCAAACUCGUCGAGGGAACCGAGUCGCCUAAAAAGAGCCAGAUAACCGACGACAGAGGCGGGGAUGGCAAGGAUAUACUCGAAGCGCACUGCCACUGCAAAACGGUCCGCUUCUAUAUUACACGCCCCGACGCCUCGAGCCGGCUCCCGUGGUCCGGGUUCUCGGACCUUAUAGUUCCAGCCGCGACGUCGCCGCGCGAGGCCCGCGAUAACCCGCGCGAUGAGAAAUGGUGGCUGCGCCCGCAGAGUAAGGAUAGUACGGACCUGACUAGGUAUAUGGCCGGCACAUGCGCCUGCCGGUCUUGCCGACUAGCUGCUGGGUUUGAAAUCCAGACGUGGGCGUUUGUGCCGCGGAGUAAUAUUUUCUUUCUGCCGCCUGCUUCUUCUUCUCCCUCCUCAUCCUUAUCACCAUCACCAUCUUCCUCCGACGCCCUCCCCCUCGACUUCCCCGCCCUCCAGCAAGCCUAUUCUCCUCUCCGCACCUACGAAAGCUCGCCCGGCGUCUUCCGCGAGUUUUGCCGGCGCUGCGGUGCCUCUGUCUUCUGGCACGAUCGCUGGCGUCCCGAUCUGAUCGACGUGAGUGUUGGGUUACUCGGUGCGGAUGAGGGAGCGCGGGCGGAGAGCUGGUCGGAUUGGUGGCGUGGGAGGGUGAGUUUUCAGGAGGAUGCUGAAAAUGGAAGGGAAAGAUAUGUCAAUUCCCUCAAGAGUAGACACGGCCCCUACGCUUGA